GAUCUCCCUCAGAACCUCCAAAAAGUAAUGACAACCUUCUGACACCUUGGAUUUUAGCAAAUAAGACCUAUUUUGGAGUUGACACCUGAAGAACCCUAAAAUAAUGCACUGUGUUGGUUGAAGCCACAGAAUGUGAUAAUUUGUGACGUCACUGCGGGCGCCGGAAGUGCCUUGCAGGAGAGCAGCGACAGGGCCCUUGGAGCGCUGCGUUUGCGGAGUGGCCGGGCUCCCUGGGUCGGCAACGGCUUUAGCUUUCCUCAGAAUGGCUGACAGAACAAAUGUGAUGUUGUCUGAGGGACAAUGUGACGAUGAAAGGCUUCCAGCAGAACUUGUGCCUCCUCGCAGUGACCCCAGUGAUGGCUACCAUAGAGUAGUUAAUAUUGUGCCAAAGAAACCACCACUGCUAGAACAGAAACCUCCACCGCUAGACAGACCUGCCGAAGGAGGUUACAGGAGAUACUACAGUCAUGUUGGUUACCGAGAAUAUGACCAGGGCCGCAGUUUUUCUCACGAUCGAAGUGGUCCACCUCACAGAGGAGAUGAAUCUGGCUAUCGAUGGUCAAGAGAUGAUCAUUCUGCAAGUCGACGGACUGAUUACAGGGAGAUGAGAGAUGGCUUUAGAAGAAAAAAUUUCUACGCUUCCCAUCAUAUGAGAGACCAGUCUCCUCAUAAAAGGGAUCCUCCUGUUUUUCGAGAAUCAUCUGUAGGCCGAAAGGAUUCUGCACACAGCAGAUCUGGCUCCAGUGUCAAUAGUCGAAGCUUCUCUCCAGACCGAAGCAAAACGUACUCUUUCCAUCAGUCUCAGCAUAGAAAGCCUGCGUCUGCCGGUGCCUGUUGCAAGCGGCAGAAUGAAGGAAAGCCAGAAAGAGGUAAAAAGAGACAAGUCCAGUCUUUGAAAACAUCAAGAGACACUUCACCCUCAAGUUCUUCAGCAGGUGGUUCGUCAAAGGUGUUAGAUAAACCCAGCAGGCUAACUGAAAAGGAAUUUGCUGAGGCUGUGAGCAAGUGGGCUGCUGAAAAGCUGGAGAGGUCAGACGAGAGCAGCUCGCCUGGGGUUUCUGAGUUACAGGUGCAGUAUGAGAUCCUGCAAAGGCUGUGCAUCCCUACCCUAUGUAAUGAGUCGGGAAGCAAUCCUCUCCUGGAGCUUCAGAAGCUGGCAAUUCAUCGUAUGCCAGUAGUGAACAACAAGGAGAAAAGCAUGGGCCCCCUGCCCUCUAUGACACAUGCUUCAGGACUCACCUGGGGAGACAUUAAGAUGCUUACUCAUCAAGCCGAACAAACUCUCCAAAGCACAGGAACCCCUUUCACUCCUGAAAACUUGUUUCUUUCAAUGAUAGAGCAGAUUACAUCCAGCUCCAAGGCUACACAGGCGGGACCUACAGCACUGUUAUUUACUGAGCAGCUGGAGGAGCCGGAGACCAAUGCAGGAGACAGCACAGGAUUAUUGGAAGACAGUCAGCGCAGCAGUCGCUCUAAAGCAAUAGCAGGGAAAACCGAACAGAUUGAACAGGCUUACCGACAAGACUGCAAAACUUUCGGGACGGUGGUGAAAAUGUUGAUUGAAAAAGAUCCUUCCCUAGAAAAGUCCAUACAGUUUGCACUGAGGCAGAAUUUACAUGAAAUAGGCGAGCGGUGUGCUGAAGAACUCAAGCAUUUCAUUGCAGAGUAUGAUAUGUCUACUCAAGAUUUUGGAAAGCCUUUUUAGUGCUCAAGCAAAUAAAUGUUCCUACA